UUUGUGAGCUCUUUUUGCGCCGACCUGAAAUGUUUUCCUAUAUUAAUUCGUAUAAACCCAACAGAAAAAUAACGGAUGUGGAUACAAAACGUUUUGUGGAGAUUUUCCAACGCUGUGAUGUGGACAAAAAAGGUUACUUGAACAGAGAGGACAUGAAGAUGGCCGUUGUCAUGCUGUUUGGAUACAAGCCAUCAAAGUCUGAGACAAAUCUCUUAAUGACCAACUACACUUCCACAAACUUGCCAGGGGUCCCUCUGGAGCCGUUUGUGACUCUCAUGGGCAGGAAGUUGUCUGUGGAGGAUCACUUUGAGAAGACGAGGCGGAUCUUCAACGCGUUUGAUGCUCAGUGUCGUGGCUUUCUGAAGCUGGAUGACUUCAAGCGUGCAUUCAAAGUCGUAGCUCCACGACUGCCAGAGAGGACCGUGCUGGAGGCUUUUCGACAUGUGGACAAGGACUCGGACGGCUUUGUGAGCUUCAAGGACUUUGAAAAUGUCAUCAGCUACGGCCAGGCAAACAGCUGAGGUGUCGCUGAGGGUUGAGACGCCCAACGCACCACAACGACAGCCGCCGCUAGCGGACUCUCGGGCCGUGGCAUCACAACUACCACCGCUAGUGGACUCGCUAGGGGACACUGCUGAUGUUUCCAUGGCCUUUCUGUAACCUGUCUGAUGUUGAAUCCGUCUUUUCACUUGAUACUGGUAGAACCUCACCCCUCCAUAGGUAAGUUAUGAUGCUCCACUGCUAUUACCAACCCCCUCCCCCCUCCCCCCAAACAUCUCUCUGGGGGCCUGCCAACCUGAAUGCCAUCCCUAUAACGCUGCAUAGACAUAAUUGGGAGAGAGACGUAAGUGUCUGGAGCGUUCAGACUCCCGAGCGCCAUGAUGGCUUCUGAUGCGUUUAUCGACCCCCCGUCUCGACGGACUCCCGGAAUGUAAUGGAGACACUCUUUUCGCGCGGCCAUUGUUGUAGCCGCCCUCGCAAAACUGCAUUAAGACCAGACGCAAUCUGCCCUCGUCUCGUUCCUCCCCCUCAAAGAGGCCGUGUUCUCGUGCGUGUGUGUGUCUCGUCGGCUCGCUGAUGUAUUCCAGGUUGUUUUCUCCCACAGCGCUCCGUCCACAUUUACGGGGGGAACCUUUGUGUGUCUACUUUUCUUUUUUCUUUUUUCUUUUUUCUUUUUUUUGGUCGCUUGAAACCCAUUAAGCGGUACGGCAGGCCUUGAUGUCUUUUAAUCCCCGCGACUAAAUCCACUUCCACAAGAGAAAACCAACUGGCAGUGCACGGCAACAGAAGAAGAAAAUACCCAAUGUGAACAAUAGUAAUCAGAUUGGCCGUUUUAAUCAGUUUCUUCAGGUGAAAAUACGGGCAGGUGUGGAUGCGUACGGAACAGCAUGAGAGACAUGGACUUCCGGGGGAUUUUCUGUGUGUCUUCUUGUUGCACAUGAUUACGGAACUGUAAAUACUUGUUUGUGUUUUGAGAGAUUUGCUGCACUCCCGUCGGAAUAAAGAUUAAUUUGUUUUUGUAA